GCUGACUUGUCCUAGGCUGUGGAGGGCAGUUAGCGUUACUGUAGCGUAGCUGAGAACAUUUCAUCGUGUCGUCCAAUAUUGCUCACGUAUUUCCUUUAAAAACACCCUGUCGGAAGGAAAUGCUACAUUAGCAACUGUUACCGUUUGCAUAAGAACAUGUCUGGAAACAGUCUGGUAUUACCCAUAGUCCUCUGGGGUCGCAAUGCGCCCACCCACUGUAUCUCCAGCCUGCUGGUGAUGGAUGAUCUGGCCACUAUCAUCAGCGGCUGCCAUGAUGGUCAGAUCUGUAUCUGGGACAUGACCCCUGAACUCGAGAUUAACCCUCGAGCUCUGCUCUUUGGACACACGGCCUCCAUCACAUGUCUGUCUAAGGCCAGUGCAGGCAGUGAAAAGCAGUACAUAGUCAGUGCUUCAGAAAGCGGGGAGAUGUGUAUGUGGGAUGUGAAUGAUGGACGCUGUAUUGAGUUCACUAAGCUGGCCUGCACCCACACAGGCAUCCAGUUUUAUCAGUUCACCAUUGGGACUCAGCGUGAGGGUCGUCUCCUGUGUAAUGGCCAUUACCCAGAGAUUUUGGUGGUGGAUGCCACCAGUCUGGAGGUGCUCUACUCCCUGGUGUCUAAGAUUGCACCUGACUGGAUCAGCUCUGUCAGCAUCAUCCGCUCCCACCGCACCCAAGAAGACACAGUGGUGGCAGUUUCUGUUACUGGAAUUCUGAAAGUGUGGAUCAUUACUGCAGAAGUGAGCCGAAUGCAGGAUAUGGACCCUGUAUUUGAGGAGGAGUCCAAGCCGAUCUACUGUCAGGGCUGCCAGAGCAUUUCCUUCUGCACCUUCACCCAGCUCUCCCUGCUAGUGGUCUGCUCCAAGUACUGGAGGGUGUUCGAUGCCGGUGAUUUCUCGCUCCUGUGCUCCGUACCCAGUGAGAAUGACCAGGCGUGGACAGGGGGAGACUUUAUCGCUGCUGACAAAGUCAUUAUCUGGACAGAGGACGGCUGUAGCUACAUCUACAAACUACCAGCUAGCUGUCUCCCAGCCAGCGAGCACUUCCGCAGUGAUGUAGGGAAGACAAAAGAAGGGUCCAUCCCUCCUCUGGUGUACAGCAUCGCAGACCGUGCAGACAAACAGCUGGAGGAGGGCGGUGAGGGGGAGAACGUUGUCGUUUGCCUCCCUGACCCUGCGACUGGGCUGGAACUCUACACCCCCGAGCUGCUAUACAGACAGCAGCCUCUAGAGGCACCACUGCUGAUCUGUCCACCAGUGACCAGGUUCUUUUACGGACGCAGAGAGCCCUUCCACAAGCUGCUGGCGCAGGGGGACUCGGCAGGCAGGCUGACCCUGUGGAGCGUCCCCGACACGCCCCCCCCGCAGGGCCUGACGUCAGCCGCAGAACUGAAGGUCUCCUCUACAAUCAGUCUACAGGAUGCAUUCGAUAAGCUCGCCCCGGUGCCUGCUGGCAUUAUUGACCAGCUGAGUGUGCUGCCCGGGUCAGAGCUGCCCAUCAAGGUGACGGCGAGCGUGUACAUCCCGUCUCAGGGCCGCCUGGUGUGUGGCAGGGAAGAUGGCAGCAUCGUGCUGGUGCCUGCCACACAGACCGCCAUUGUGCAGCUCCUGCAGGGCGAGCACAUGCUGAGGAGAGGCUGGCCUCCCCACCGCACCCUGAGGGGUCACAGGAAUAAAGUCACGUGUCUGCUGUACCCUCACCAGUUGUCCCCGCGCUACGACCAGCGCUCCCUGGUGUCCGGAGGCGUAGACUUCUCCGUCAUCAUCUGGGACAUUUUCACUGGUGAAAUGAAGCACAUUUUCUGUGUCCAUGGAGGGGAGAUCACGCAGCUCUUGGUUCCCCCGGAGAACUGCAGUACGCGGGUGCAGCACUGUGUGUGUUCAGUGGCCAGUGAUCACUCGGUGGGUCUCCUGAGUCUGAGAGAGAGGAAGUGCAUCAUGCUGGCCUCCCGCCACCUCUUCCCCAUCCAGGUCAUCAAAUGGCGCCCGUGUGAUGACUACCUGGUGGUGGGCUGCUGCGAUGGCUCGGUGUACGUCUGGCAGAUGGACACGGGAGCAUUAGACCGCUGUGUGAUGGGAAUAACGGCCGUGGAGAUCCUGAAUGCGUGUGACGAGGCUGUCCCUGCAGCCGUCGAUGCACUAAACCACCCGGCGGUGAACCUGAAGCAGGCCAUGACACGUCGCAGUCUGGCUGCGCUCAAGAACAUGGCCCACCACAAGCUCCAGACGCUGGCCACCAACCUCCUUGCCACCGACCACACAGACAAAGGAAACUUGCCCAAAUACUCCCACAAUGCAUUGGUGGUCCAGGCGAUGAAGACCAACCUUGCGGAUCCGGACAUGCACGUGCUGUUCUUCGACGUGGAGGCCGUCAUCAUCCAACUGCUGACGGAGGAGGCGCAGCGACCCAAUCCCACCCUUGUCUCCCCGGAAACACUCCAGAAAGCCCCCGGGGGGGCAGACAAGGGCGGAUCCUUCCUUGCCAACAAGAUCUUUAAACAGGUCAAGGAGACCAUCAAGGAGAACAUCAAGGAGCACCUACUGGAUGAAGACGAGGAAGAGGAGGAAGAGCAGCGCCGGCGCGAGGAGAAGUCCAAAUCGCUGAGUCUGCUGGAGUACAACCUGACCAUGGACACGGCCAAGCUCUUCAUGUCCUGCCUGCACGCCUGGGGCCUGAACGGCUCCCUGGAUGAAGUGUGCGUGAGCCGCCUGGGCAUGCUCCGUCCCCACACGCCCGUCUCAUUCGGCCUGAUCUCCCGCGGCGGUCACAUGUCCCUCAUGCUGCCAACUUUCAAGGACUCGCUCCUGCAACGGCUGGCAGGGGGCGGAGCCGCCGAGGGCAGGAAGCUGUCCGUCUCCGAGGUGGUGGGCAAGGGCACAUAUGGCGUGUCCCGCGCCGUCACCACCCAGCACCUGCUCUCUGUCAUCUCGCUGGCCAACACGCUGAUGGGCAUGACCAACGCCACCUUUGUGGGCGAGCACAUGAAGAAGGCGCCGGCCAGGCCUCCAAGACCUGGCACCCAGGAGAGUCCCAAAACCACCCCCCCUCAGGUGUCUGCCCCAGCCCUGCAAGGCCAGAUCAAACAAGCUGCUGUUGCGUCGAGCCUACCAGCAGCAGGGGCGGUCCCUGCUAGCUCCGCCUCCCUCUGCUCUACCUCCGUAAACGAAGGCUGGAGCCAGCUAGCUGCCAUGCACUGUGUAAUGCUGCCUGAACUACUAGGGCUCGAUAAAUUCCGACCUCCUCUACUGGAGAUGCUUGCUCGCAGAUGGCAGGAUCGCUGCUUAGAGGUGAGAGAAGCAGCCCAGGCUCUGCUGUUGGCUGAGCUGCGUAGGAUUGGUCAGUCAGGCAGGAAGGACACCAUCGACAUAUGGGCUCCAUAUCUCCCUCAGUACGUGGACACCGCCAGCUCACCGGGCACAGCUCAAGAGACAGCACAGGCUGCCCCGCCCCCUCCGGAAGCCCCACCCACAGAACCCAAGGCUCCGGAAGAAGAGAUGGAUGUUGCUGAUGAUGACAUCACUGCAGGUUGUCUGUCUAACAUCACUUCCAGUGUGAAGAAGUUCUCCAACUCGUACGAGGAGAGACGGAAGCAGGCGACAGCCAUCGUCCUGCUCGGCGUGAUUGGGGCGGAGUUUGGGGCGGAGAUCGAGCCUCCCAAGCUGCUGUCACGCCCCCGCACUAGCGCCCAGGCACCUGACGGCUUCGGCCUCACCACUGGCGGCUCCAACUACUCGCUGGCACGCCACACCUGUAAGGCAUUGACCUUCCUGCUGCUGCAGCCCCCAAGCCCCAAACUUCCUGCCCACAGUACCAUCCGCCGCACAGCCAUUGAUCUGAUUGGCCGAGGCUUUACCGUGUGGGAGCCAUAUAUGGACGUGUCUGCAGUGCUCAUGGGUCUGCUGGAACUGUGUGCAGAUGCUGAAAAACAGCUGGCGAAUAUCACGAUGGGUCUGCCGCUGAGUCCGUCCGCUGACUCUGCCCGCUCCGCACGCCACGCCCUCUCUCUGAUCGCCACGGCGAGGCCGCCUGCCUUCAUCACCACUAUUGCCAAAGAGGUGCACAGACACACAGCGAUGCAGUCUCAGGGCUCCCAGUCUCAACAGAGCGUUCACACCACCACUCUGGCCCGAGCCAAAGCAGAGAUCCUGCGUGUGAUCGAGAUCCUCGUUGAGAAGAUGCCCUCAGAUGUGGUGGACCUGCUGGUGGAGGUGAUGGACAUUAUUAUGUAUUGCAUUGAAGGUUCUCUGGUCAAGAAGAAGGGGCUGUCGGAGUGCUUCCCUGCUAUCUGCAAGUUCUACAUGGUGGCUUAUUGUGAUCGGAGUUAUCGAGUGGCAGUCGGUGCUCGUCAGGGUUCUGUGGCUCUAUAUGAUGUUCGUACAGGAAAAUGCCAGCAUAUCCAUGGCCACAAAGGCCCCAUAACAGCUGUGUCUUUCGCCCCAGACGGGCGCUACCUGGCCACCUACUCCAAUGCCGACAGCCAUAUCUGCUUCUGGCAGAUGAACACCUCUCUGCUGGGCAGUAUCGGUGUGCUGAAUUCCGCUCCUCAGCUGCGCUGCAUUAAGACGUACCAGGUGCCGCCGGUUCAGCCUGCCUCACCUGGCUCCCAGAAUGCCCUGCGGCUCGCACGCCUCAUCUGGACCUCCAACCGCAACCUCAUUCUCAUGGCCCACGAUGGCAAGGAGCACCGCUUCAUGGUGUGAGGAUGGGCAUGGGGGUCAUGACCAGGACCUGCCGGGGUUUCUUUGAACCUCAUGUCGUUCAACCCCGGCAAAGAUUCGGAGGCUUUGUUUACGUGCACAGUGCUUUCAGUUCUUUUGCAUCACUGUUGUUUUCCAUUCCAGUUUUAUAAUUUAAAAUAGUUUUUCCCCUCUGGUAAUUUAUUAAGAAUGUGGAAAAUAAAGAAUUUGUCGUUAUGGUGACGUUUGGGAAAUAAUCACCACCAACCUCGCACAGACCAGCACGGCGGGGGAGGGGUUCAGGAAGCUGCCCCUCUACCAAGACCAGAACGGUUUGGUGGGAGUUAAUUUAGACUUGGGAAGAGAAAAACAAACGUGUAGUGGCACAUACCCUGUUCACCACAGAGCCUGUGUGCUCUUUCUGUUGCUGCUAGCGACCCUGUGUGACCCCUGUGUGACCUCUAACAUCAUCCCUGCAUGAGAGCACUGCUUCUCCUACUUCCUGUUCUGACCUUUCCUCCGCACCAGACUAGAUGGGACGGCACCGGACCGGACAAGACCAGGGCCAUUUCCUUCUUGCUGAGUCAUAGUGGGCCAAUCCAGAUCUAAACCACUUUAAUCUCACUGCCAGAUGAAUCCCACCCCUGUUCCUUUAAUCCCGGUGUGAAGUGGCCCUGGUCCGGAGUCUGUGGUGAGCCAGCACAGGGAGGAGGAGGGCAGGACUUAGUCGUGGUGGUGGUGUAAUUUCAUAUAGUCGUUCUUCGUCUCGUCUGCCAGUCCAGUGGUGCUGUUUCGUUCUGUCGUGGAGUUGUUGCUAGUGUUUCCGUGCAGGCACAGGGAUGAUGUGUCUCUGUUUAUCAGACCAGCUCAUCUCGUCUGGGCUGGGAUGUUAGUGUCUCUGAACUUAGCAUCUCAGCUCACACGCUCACUGCACCUGCUGUAGAUAUUAGCUUACACUAUGUUAAAUUACAGAAGUCUAUUUUAAAGAGAUGGUUAAUAUAUAUACACACACAAACACACACACACACACACACACACACAUAUAUAUAUGUGUAAAUUUGUCUGUGUGAAAUGAUAUGACAGUCUGAGACUGGUGGAGCUACUUUCUCACUCUCGCUGUGUUAACACUGGUAGUCUUUCCCUCUCUCUCUCUCUACACCCCCCUGGUUAUUAGGCUGGCUAAAUCCUCCAACACCACACACCCACACACGUCCUACAGCUCCCCAGCCCCCCUCUCAGAGAGAAGAAAUGAGAGAAAGGCAGAAGAGAAGGAAAGCACCCCCCCCAGAACCCUGCUCUGAAGGCCUCGAGUCCCGAGUCCUCAAGACAUCAUACCACAAUAUCGUAAUCUUAUCCUGAUCUCAUGGAACAUGUUUCUGCCAUUUUGUGCUUAGAAGGGAUUGAGAGGAAAGAAAGAGGUGGGGAGAGAGAGGGAGGCAGAGAGUGGGCGCAGGUGACCAUGGGGCUUGAUGUUUGAGAAGUGCCUGUGAGCUGCUGGAAUCUCCUUCCCGUAAUGCUGGUGUAUUCUUCCCGUGUUCUGCAGUCUUCCCUACUGAUGUGGGUACAAGCAUGUCAGUAAUGUCAACCUGCAUACUCCAGUGUGAAGUCUAGCCAGCUCAAACACAUCUCUGUAAAUAAGGCUCACAUGCACGUGUGCGCGUGAGAGAGUGUGUGCGCACAUGUAUGAGCGAGAAAAGACGAAGGAAACCGAACUCCUGAUUUAGCCAUGAGGGGCAGGUGUGUGUGUGUGUGUGUGCGUAUUUGUGUGUGUGUGUGUGUGUUUCCUUUUGAAGAAUGGCAGUCUAGAUCGCUAGGUUAGUAUUUGAUAGCUCAGGAUACUAAACUUAACACGCAUGUAUGUACACACACACAUACACACACAGUUUCAGUGAAAGCAUGUAUUAAUGCUGUCUAAAUGGCUCCUUCAUAUUUUGUCUGAGGUUCUUACCAUCAGGUUCCAUUUCUUGGUUUUCUUUCAGAUCUGUUUUCACUUUGAAAGACCCCUAAACCUAAACUCUCAAAAAAAACAAACAAACCCCUCAUCAGACAUGAUUGAUUUUUCCAGCAUGUUUGAAUGUUCUCUUGUGUCCCUUCCUCCACGACCACCUCUGUCUCUUAGUGAUGGACACGUUUGGCAGGGACGGCCGUCUCUGCUGAUGUAAGAUUUGUAAAUGUUGACAAAUAAAAUAAGUGUCAGCUUGUCUGUAAGACUCUCGGCAUCAUCUGGUGUGCUUUACGUCUCGUCUCACUUCUACCUUAGCUGUGUGUGUGUGUGUGUGUGUGUGUGUGUGUGUUUGUGUGUGUGCGAGCGAGCGAGGGAGAGAGAGACGGACCAUGAGUGGUGGAACUCUGCUAACAUUUACUGAAUAUAUUGAACAUGUACUGUAAAGCUGUAUUUGAAGACAACUCUGUUGUGGACAAUUCUGUGUUCAAUAAAAGGAAAGUUAUCUGACA